AUAUCGUAUUUUUGGUGUGCUAUAUCUAUCUACCGAGAAUUGAAGUUAUAAUACUAUUAAUGUUUACAAGUCCAGAUGCUGAAAAGGAAUUUUAUAAGAUAUGGCAGAAAUACGGAAAGGAACGACGAAAAGUUAUUAUAUCCUUAAAAGAAAAAUUUGGACAGAAUGCACAACCCAUAUAUGUUCCUAAAUGGGAAUUAUAUGAGAUAUGUGGUAGUUUUCCUCAUACAGUUAUACCUCAGAAAAUUAGCAGCAAUUAUAUGAAGACUACAUCUUUAAAAUCAAGUCAAUAUAGUCAACCAUCCACACAGUUUCAAAUGUUUGUGUCACAAAUUGUGAAACCAUCUAUAGCUCACAAUUAUAUUACAACUAUACAGACUUCCAGUACCAACUGUGUACUAGAUUUGUAUGCAUCAUUAUUUAGUAUAUGUUGCAUUAUGUGAUGAAUAAUAUAAAAAAAUAUACUCAUAUAUGCUCAUAUGUAAACAACAACAAUAAAUUUAUUUAUUUUCAGACAAUGAUACAUCAUGUGAGUCUGUUGUCUCAAUCUUUAAAUAUAUCAUUUCAGUCUCAAAAACAGCAGCAAAUUCAAACAAAGUCUCAAUCCCAAAUGCAACUUUCUUCUACUACUGAAAUUAAAGUAUCAAAAAAAGAAGCAAGUAAUGCAUAACAGGUCUUGCAGACAAUAAGUCAACCAACAGCAAAGAUUGUUCCUCCAUAUCUAAAAAAA